CUCCCUCCUCUCUCUCUCAGAAUCUGAGUGAGUGAGUGAGUGAGGAUCUUUGUUUGGUUCUGCAAUCAUAUUUCCGUGAUAUAAACACACGGAAUGCGUUUCAUCUCUUCGCCAUAGAGACCCCUAUUCCAUCUCCAGUCUUUCCCUUUUUUCUUUCUUCUGCAAAUCUUUUGAAGGGUUUCUCCCCCUCUUCACCCUGAAAUUAUGCUCUCUCUCUCAAAAGCAGAUUCUUUCUUUGGCAGGAUUCUCAGUUGGGUUUUGUCCGGAAACAGCAGUAAACAGUUACCUUGACUCUAAAACCAGGACUUUUUCCGGCUUUCAUGGCGGAAAGAGCAAGGGCUUUCUUUUCCUUUCUUCUUCUCACCUUCUUCACGGCCCUUCGCGUGGUUUAAACCCCAAAUCAAUGUUAUUCAGCCAUUCAAUCUCUUGGCGGUUACUCUUCUUUCUCUGUCUGGAGGAGGGACAAGGAAGAACAACUUUUGUCCGGUCUCAGAGAAAAAAAAAAUGGUCCCUUGGUGCAUGUCAGUUCUUCUGAUUAUUGGGUUUCUGUCAAAAUCCGAGCUUGUGGAAGCGCGGCUAAGUGACGAAGCCACAUUGGCAGCCAUUAACAGAGAGCUCGGAGUUCCUGGGUGGGGCGACAAUGGCACAGAUUUCUGCACUUGGUCCCGGCUCAGGUGUGGCGCCAACCACUCGGUUGUUGAAAUACUUGAUCUAUCAGGUCUUCAGCUUAGAGGUAAUGUCACUGUAAUAUCUGAGCUCAGGAGCUUGAAACAUCUAGAUCUUUCGAACAACAACUUCAAUGGACCAAUCCCCUCAGCUCUUGGCAACUUGUCUGAGCUCCAGUUUCUUGAUUUGUCCCUGAACCGGUUUGCUGGUAAGAUUCCAGUUGAGUUUCUUAAGCUUAGAAACCUCAGAGCCCUUAAUCUUUCCAACAACUUGCUCGUGGGGGAGAUACCCGAUGAGCUCAAGGUUCUUGAGAAGUUGGAGGAGUUUCAGGUCUCUAGCAAUGGUUUGAAUGAUUCCAUACCCGAAUGGGUCGGGAAUCUGAGAAAUCUCAAGGUCUUUACAGCAUAUGAGAACGAAUUAUCAGGUGAGAUACCUGAUGGGUUGGGCUCUGUAUCUGAACUGGAAUUGUUGAAUCUUCACUCGAACCGGCUUGAAGGGAAGAUACCGAGGAGCAUGUUCGAAAGGGGCAAGCUUCAAGUUUUGGUCUUGACGCAGAAUAAGUUAACUGGUGAACUCCCAGAAACAGUAGGAAUCUGCAGUGGCCUUUCCAGCAUUAGGAUUGGGAAUAAUGAGAUUGUGGGAGUCAUCCCCAGGACAGUUGGAAACAUCAGUGGCCUUACAUACUUCGAAGCAGACAGUAACCGUCUCUCGGGGGAGAUAGCUGCAGAGUUUUCCAAGUGUUCUAAUCUCACUCUUCUGAAUCUGGCCUCAAAUGGGUUCAGUGGAACCUUUCCCAAAGAGCUUGGUCGGCUUAUGAAUCUUCAAGAACUGAUUCUCUCGGGUAAUAGUCUCUAUGGGGAUAUCCCGGAAUCGAUUCUUGGAUGCAGAAACCUUAACAAGCUUGACUUGCGAAAUAAUCGGCUUAAUGGCACCAUACCAAGUGACAUCUGCAACAUGCCAAGACUUCAGUUCUUGCUCUUGGACCAGAACUCGAUAAGAGGGGAGAUACCUCGAGAGAUAGGAAACUGCUCGAAGCUUCUUGAGCUACAACUGGGGAGAAACUAUUUGACAGGAACUAUCCCACCCGAGGUUGGUCGGAUGAGGAAUUUGCAGAUAGCCCUCAACUUGAGUUUCAAUCAUCUCCAUGGAUCACUGCCUCUUGAGCUAGGGAAGCUCGACAAGUUGGUUUCUUUAGACGUCUCUAAUAACUUGCUCACGGGUUCCAUACCACAGUUGUUCAAUGGCAUGUUAAGCUUGAUCGAGGUUAAUUUCUCCAAUAACCUCCUGAAUGGCCCGGUUCCAAUCUUUGUUCCGUUUCAGAAGUCUCCAAACUCGAGCUUUUCUGGAAACGAAGGGCUUUGCGGGGAACCAUUGAGCACUUCAUGUGGAUAUCCUGAUGGUCUUGAACAUCUGAAAUACAAUCACAAGGUUUCGUACAGGACAAUACUGGUUGUAAUUGGUUCUGCCAUGGCUGUCUUUGUAUCAGUCACUGUGGUGGUUCUGCUCUUCAUGAUGAGGGAGAAACAAGAAAAAGCAGCUAAAAGUGUAGACGUUGAGGAAAAUCCCGAGGAUAACCAACCGAUAAUCGUGGCAGGAAAUGUCUUCCUUGAGAAUAUGGAACAGGAGAUCGAUCUAGGUGCAGUUGUGAAAGCAGCUACGAAGGAAUCGAACAAACUCAGCACGGGAACUUUCAGUUCAAUCUAUAAAGCAGUCAUGCCUUCCGGUAUGGUCAUUUCGGUGAAGAAGCUCAAAUCCAUGGACAGAACCAUAACCCAUCAUCAGAACAAAAUGAUAAGGGAGCUCGAAAGGCUAAGCAAGCUUUGCCAUGAUCAUCUGGUCAGACCAAUCGGGUUCGUGAUAUAUGAAGACGUUGCUCUUUUGUUGCAUCAGCAUUUCCCAAAUGGUACAUUAGCUCAGAUUCUUCAUGAACCCACAAAGAAGCCCGAGUGCCAACCUGACUGGCCAGCAAGACUGUUGGUUGCCAUUGGAGUAGCCGAAGGAUUAGCAUUUCUCCACCAUGUCGCCAUCAUUCACCUCGACAUUUCCUCUAGCAACGUCUUUCUUGAUGCCGGCUUCAAACCAGCGCUCGGAGAAAUCGAGAUAUCGAAGCUCUUAGAUCCAUCCCGAGGAACUGCAAGUAUCAGCGCAGUCGCAGGCUCCUUUGGUUACAUUCCUCCAGAAUACGCGUAUACAAUGCAAGUUACAGCACCGGGGAACGUAUACAGCUACGGGGUGGUAUUGCUGGAGAUUCUCACCACGAGACCACCAGUUGAUGAAGAGUUUGGUGAAGGAGUGGACUUGGUGAAAUGGGUUCAUGGAGGGCCAGCAAGAGGAGAAACACCUGAGCAGAUACUGGAUUCAAGGCUCAGCACUGUGUCCUUUGCUUGGAGGAGAGAAAUGCUUGCUGCUCUGAAAGUGGCAUUGCUCUGCACUGAUCUCACACCUGCGAAAAGGCCGAAGAUGAAAAGAGUGGUGGAAAUGCUUCAGGAGAUCAAGCAGAGCAAAGUUUCUUUGUCAAUGGAGACUUCGGGUUAUUGAUAUGAACAAACAGAGAGCAAGGAAGUGGAUCACACGAAAAACCGGCAAGAGAAACAGAUUGUUUAAACAAAAUAUUGAGUCUAAACUAAAAAUGUAACACAGACGGAAAAGCCACCAGAGCAUAUAAUGGAAGCUUUUCAAUGAGUGCCAUAAGCCAAGCCAAGAACAUUGUUCAGAAAGAAGAAGUGAUUGGAAUGAUCCAACAUUAGAAUUAAAGAUCAUAGAUUACAUGACCACCUGAAAAUU